AUGGCGAAUGAAGCUUAUAAGAAGUUCACUUGGGUGAUUAAGAAUUUCUCCUCUUUGGAGUCCGAUGCAGUUUACUCUGAUAUAUUCGUUGCCGGUCGCUGCAAAUGGCGUCUAAUCGCCUAUCCCAAGGGAUCUGAUAGGUCUUUUAAUUAUAAUAAUCUAUCUCUGUUUUUAUGUAUUCCUGAUUCUGUAUCUUUACCUUCCGGAUGGAGAAGACACGUUAAAAUGUCCUUCAGAUUGGUAAAUCAAAAACCGGGAGAACUCUCCCAUAUGCGAGAAGCUGAAUACUGGUUUGAUCAAAAGAACACAACCUGGGGUUUUCCAUUUAUGUUACCCCUUUACGAGUUUCAAGGCCACGAUAAAGGUUUUCUGGUAAAUGGAGAACUCAAAAUUGUUGCAGAAGUAGAUGUUCUUGAAGUUAUUGGUAAACUAGAUGUACCAGAGAAAACGGAAAGCAUUGACAUCAAUGGGUUUAAAGUCCUUGCUUCACAAGUACAAUCUGUGAACAGUCUUUUUGCAUCAAAACUUUGUCUGAAGAACCCACAUCUGAGAAACAUGUACUUGAAUCUGAAUGAAAUUCUGUGCAAGUCUCCCGAGGAACUCUCCAGUGGUGAUCUGGCCGAGGCAUAUUCUGCACUACGAUAUCUGACAAAAGCAGGGUUUAAGUUGGAAUGGUUGGAGAAGAAACUGAAAGAGACUGGUGUGACUAGGCUGCAAGAAAUUGAGCAAGAGUUGAAGGACUUGAAGAUCAAGUGUGCAGACAUGGAUGCUCUGCUUAAGUUCUUACGAUAA